AUGGGAAAGGACUAUAGCACCUUAAAACAAGAAGAAGGCACAGCUAUGCACGGGACAGCUGUCACAGGCAGCGGCGCUGGAGCUGAAGGAAAAACCCUGCCCCUGUUGGUCAUCUCCUUGGUCCCCUGCUGCCUCGCCAAGGCCCAAGGACAAAGGCAGAUCAUGUCCCAGGUUCCCAGGCGCUGUCAUCCCCUCAGCUGUGGCCAGGACAAGAUGAUCCUACACCAUGCAGGCCGCCUGGGCAGCUACAUCAUCAAUGACCAGAACAAGGCCAUGGUGGCUUGUUACCCUGGCAAUGGGCUGAGCUAUGUGGUGCACGUGGACAACGUCCAUGGGGAUGGGCACUGCAUCACUUGUAUCUAUUACCUGAACCAGCACUGGGACAUCAAGACCCACAGUGGUUUGCUGCAGAUCUUCCCCAAGGGCUGGCCUGUGAUGGCCAACAUCAAGCCACUGUUUGACCAGCUGCUGAUCUACCACAGGAACCCCAGUGAGGUGAAGCCAGCCUACGCAACCAGGUACGCCAUCACUGUCUGGUAUUUUGAUGUGAAGGAAUGGGUCACAGACAAGGACAAGUAUCAACUAGCAUCAGGCCAGAAGGGCAUCCAAGUGCCAGUGUCCCAGAAGCAGAAUAAUAAGGGCAUUAUGUUGGACAGUUGA